AUGUCCUCUACCCCCACCCUCAUUUUGUGGGGAUCCCAUCCUCUGCCUCGACCGCUUCGUCCUCUGACUCCUCCUCUUAUCCCUCCAUAUAUUCUGACCCCUCCUCCUGUGCAGCCUCGUGGUGCUACUGUGAUGACGGGGAAGCGUCCGCGGCAGGGUCGCGCGUCAGGGUACUCUGCUGUUCCCAGCCCACCAGAGGCCCGGGACGAGCUGGCGCCAGUCCUGCUCCGAGCCGCCGUUGCACUGGUCGCGCACGAGGGGGCCGGGGCCCCCUCUCGUCCGCGUGAGCUGGUGUAUCGCUCGCCCUGCGGGCGCACUCACUCUCAUCUGAGGGCCCGUGGUGGUUCCUUCCAUCGUCGCCGGCCGCCUCGGCCCACGCCUGCCCUGCAGCGACAGAUUGUCGGUCCGCAUCUCCAGGCACCUUCUCCGUUGCCUCCGCCGCCGCCUCCACCUCAGCCUCCUCCGUCGUCGUCUCAGCAGUCCUCGCAGCAGCAGUCGUCUGGUCCACCUACCUCGUCCCCCGUGGUGGCCUCCCCUGCGUUGACGUCGGCGCCGGUAACGGUGGCGGGCUCUCCCCCGCCUCCCCUUCCGGUGCCUCCGCAGCCGGUGUUGCCAGCUGGUGCACAUCUCGUGCCCCUCCUUCCCGAUCAGGCGCGUGUCGAUGCUGAUCUUCUGUCCGAGCCUCCACAGCGGCGGCAUCCCCUUGUUCCUCUCGAUCCUUCCCCUGUCGCCCGUUUCCCUCCGCACGGGCCCCGUGCCGAGUCUCCCCCUCUUCCGCCCGACGCACUUGAUCCUGAGGACGAUGAGAAGUGGUGGAACGACGAGCUGUGGGAGUCUCCGCCAAUGUCCGGGACGACGUGGGGCCGGGACUGGGACAUGAAGUCCGACUUCGUCCUUGAUGUCCUCCGUUGGGAGCGGCGCAUGAUUGGUGUUGGCGAGUGCCUCUCCCACGUGGCGACGGCGCUGGAGCAGCUGCAUGCUGGUCUGGAGGCGCGGAACUCCGUGCUGCGGGAUCCCCAGCUGACCGAGCAGCAGCAGGGCGUUGUCCGUGAUGCUGCGGCGCAGGGCUUGUGGAGGCUCCUCCGCUUGCCCCUGGAGUCUGAGCAUCCUGACGAGAACGAGGGGCUGGGUGCGGGGGCUUUCCGCAGGGUAGCCAUGGCUGCCGAGCAGGCUCCCCUCCAGCUUGUACCCGCGCUCGCGUCCUUGCUCCGCUGGAUUCGGCGGCGGUUUUAUGUGCUGAACCACGUGUGA